CUCAAACAGCACUCUCGCCGCGCUUCUUCAGUGGAAACCCUAGUCUCCACUCUCAGAUUGCACAUUGAGCACCGGACUGAGGAUCACGCCGUCGUGUCCGGCUUAGCAGCAUGGUUCACGUCUCCUUUUAUCGCAACUAUGGUAAGACAUUCAAGAAGCCUCGACGUCCAUAUGAGAAAGAGCGUUUGGAUGCGGAGUUGAAACUUGUGGGUGAGUACGGUCUUAGGUGCAAGAGGGAGCUUUGGAGAGUACAGUAUGCUUUGAGCCGAAUCAGGAAUAAUGCAAGAAUGCUUCUUACUCUUGAUGAGAAGGACCCACGCCGUAUUUUUGAGGGCGAUGCCCUCCUGAGGAGAAUGAACAGGUAUGGUUUGCUGGAUGAGAGCCAGAACAAGCUUGAUUAUGUCCUUGCCCUCACUGUGGAGAACUUCCUUGAACGCCGUCUCCAAACUCUUGUUUUCAAGGCUGGCAUGGCAAAAUCAAUCCAUCAUGCCAGAGUUCUAAUUAGGCAAAAGCAUAUCAGGGUUGGAAGGCAGGUGGUGAAUGUUCCCUCAUUUAUGGUUAGAGUGGACUCCCAGAAACACAUUGAUUUCUCUCUCUCUAGUCCUUUCGGCGGUGGACGCCCUGGCAGAGUGAAGAGAAAGAACCAGAAGGCAGCCGCAAAGAAGGCUGCUGGGGGUGAUGGUGACGAAGAGGAUGAAGAAUGAGGUCCUUGUCUAACAUCCAAAAUAAAAAUAUCAAAAAGUGAAGAAUGAGGUGUGGCUUGUCACUUUGGAAACAGAAAACAAUUUUAUGAUGUUGGAGAACUUCAUUUUAAGGAUUUUGUUAGCUUAGAAGAUAGAAUCAUGUUGCUUAAACAGCCCGUGUUUUUCUGUUGAAGUUAUGAGAAGUUUUUUGACUAAUCAGAAUUUUUGUUGUGUUACCUAAUGUGUUUGUGGUAAUCUUAAUAUGAAUUUAAGUA